CGGAUGAUUUCAUUUGAAUUGAUUAGAUAAAUCUAGCUAGGGUUUGAUCGUGUCGGCUUUUGUUUGAUUCUUAUGUUUGUGCUCUUUCGAACUUUCUUGUGUCCUUCCUUCUCAAUUUCGGAUUGACCAGAUUUUUUUUCCUUUGGGAGGAGUGCUGUCAUCGUUUUCAGAGACACCUGUAGGGUUAUCUGAAGUUCUGCAAAAAGGGAUCGGGAGCUAGGGUUUUUGAGAUUUUUGGAGAUAUUUAGAAGUUUAGUGGGAGAAAGGUAUAGUUUUGGUGGAGAGGGAAAGUUUUUUUUUUUUUUUUGAAGAAGAUUGGUUAGGGAUGAUUGCGAACAAGUUUCUGCUGUAGAGAUUAGAAGGAGCUGUUUAUGUUUAUGGAUAUGGAAGGAAGGGGCUUUUCUGAUUUGCUUAGGAAUACGAGUGAAGAGAUUUUCCUUAAGACGAUGAUGGAGAAUCCGAUUGGGAUCACAGCACCGAGCAUGGAGAUGCUAGGGUUCAAGAACAUCUCACAGUCUUUUAGGGGAGACAGUGAAGAACUGUUCAAUAACUGGCUGACGAGUGGAGAGGCAAUUACUUCUGGCUACGGUUCAUCGGUUGCAACUCAUCGUGCCCGACAACCAUCUCGGAGGCUAUCCACAGAUCCCGCUCCAAUCCAACAAAAUGGAGUACCAUCUCAAAAGAAAAACAGUGAUGAUAAUCCAGUUGCUCUCAAUUUAAGCGCCAUCGAUGAACAUUCAAAUGAUCCUGGCCAAUUUUCUCUCAGGAAUGCAGCAGAGAAGGGGUUGCAAUCUAGCAAUAUGUAUUUAGCCAAGGCAUGGUUCCAUAGUAAUCAGCCAAUGACCAGAAGCAGAUCAUCGGAACUAAGGAGGAGGUAUGCUGCAAUGCAAAGCUCACAAAUGGCAACACUUCCACCAGCAUCAGAUAACAUUCCAGCUUAUAAUUCCACCAAAGUAAAGCAGGAAUUUACAAAUUCAGCCAAUUUUUGCGACAUUCCAAUGGCCGAAAUGCCCAACCAAAUCCAUUCUUUCAUGUCUCCUUCUACUUCCUCCACAUCUUUUAACACUCCCCCGAGAGCAACAACUGGCGACAAUGUCUCUUCAGUUGUGAGCAUGCUUAAGGGAACCUUGGAAAGAAAAAGGCUCAACUCCAAGGUUGAAAAAGAAACGGCGGAACUAAGUUCUUCUAACCUUUUUAGCUCUCAAGAAACCAUGCCUAACAUUACCUCAAAUCAAGUUACUGGACCUGCAACGUCCUUCCACAUGGUUUCCCCUAUGCAAGUUACGGGUUUAGGCAACUUGGCGAGGGUGGAGAAGUCGUUAGAGCUAAGCAUCGAAGGUUUUCUUACUCAGGCAAACCAGACACAUAUGGAGGUGGCUUCGCAGGAGCCUUCACUAAGCGAAUCAUCAACUGCUGCACCAGAACCUUCGACUGGCUUUGAUGCGUGCGAUGGCCCGGCUCACUCUGGACAUACAAUCUCUAAUUGUGUGAUUUCAGGUCGACAUGUUGGUGAUGGCACUUCUGACUACGAAUUAAAAACAAACGAUUACAGGGAGAGGAUGUUUGAAAAUAGUUUCAAGGAUUCUACGAAGAAAUCAAAUCUAGUGAGGGUGGGCUCGAUCACUUCAGCAAAUUCAGUGGACACGGCAGAUCCAACAAAGAAAAGGAGGGUUGAGCGCUCCCGCAAGAUGGCUGAGGCCAAGGAAAGGAAUUCUUCACCAGCAUUGCCGUCAGACAUGCAGGCAGUUCUGAAGCGAUGUGAAACUCUGGAAAAAGAAGUUAGAUCUCUCAAAUUGAAUCUUUCUUUCAUGAACAGGAAGGAUUCUGAACAGACCAAACAGAUCGAAGAACUCCAUAAACAAAAUGAUGAUUUGGCGAACGAGAAGGGGCGCCUGCUCGAAGAGAUCGAGCGAAUAAUGUCGGUGUCCGGUCAGAUCUGAAAAAAAACAAUUUUUUUUUUCUUGGCCUGAAAACAUCAUUCUACAAUUUGACUGUUUUUAUAGCGCCAUUGUAUACUCCAAAGGAGAAUUGAGAAGAGGAAUUUUCUUCAGGGUUUGUAUCAGUAUAUGAUGAGGAGAGUUGAAGAAGAUUUAUAAUGCCAACUGUGACUGUGUUAUAUAUACAGAGAACUAUUUGUUGUUUUGAAUUCUGAUGGAAAAAUUUUGAUGUUAUGGGCAUGAGAUUUUGUCCAUUGUGAUGUAUUAUUUUGAAUAAAGCGAUUAAUGUUGAGAAUUGUUCAAA